CGUACGUCACUUCCGCCAUCGACUCUCAGCGAGCAAGAUGGCGGAAGAUCCUGAGGCUGUGCUUCAGCUCCCUUCUUCAGCGGCCGCGGCUGGCGGCGAGAGCCUUUCGGAGCUCUCCCCCGAAAUAGCCACCCCGGAGCCCCCAUCUUCGGCCGCAGUCUCGCCGGGAACGGAGGAACCUCCUGGUGACACCAAGAAAAAAAUUGACAUCCUGCUAAAGGCUGUAGGAGAUACCCCUAUCAUGAAAACAAAGAAAUGGGCUGUAGAGCGAACCCGAACCAUCCAAGGACUCAUUGACUUCAUCAAAAAGUUCCUUAAACUUGUGGCCUCAGAACAGUUGUUUAUUUAUGUGAAUCAAUCUUUUGCCCCUUCCCCAGACCAAGAAGUUGGAACUCUAUAUGAGUGUUUCGGCAGUGAUGGUAAACUGGUCCUACAUUACUGCAAAUCGCAGGCGUGGGGAUGAGCCACAGAUGAACAACUUGAUAUCUUCACAGAAGAAAAGGCUCAGAGAAGUGUUGAUGCUGUGGGCAGAGACUUAGUGGCUAUCCAAUACUCAGCAUGAAUCUGCUAUGAGCUGUGCUUAUGUGUAAGAAAACAUCAUAGAGUAAAUGGACUAAAAAAUGAGAUUUUGCCACCAUAAAAUCAUGAAAGAUUAGUGUGCCUAUUACCCCCACACAUUCCUGUUUCAGAUCUGCCUCCAAGGUUAGGAAGGGGACUAGAACUCUAUCUGUUGUGGUUUUCAGGAUGACUGAAGUUCUGUACUUGUGGAGUUGGCACUGUGUUGUUUCCAUGGUAAAAACUAAUUCACUGAAGAGUUUGUAUUUUGAGGUAGUUUUUUUGUUUUGGUUUUUGGUUUUUGGGGUUUUUUUUGUAACUUAUUCAGGGAACCUCUGUUCAGAAUAUGGAAUGUUUACAUUUAUUUGUGUUGCCCUUUGAAACCAAGUGCACUGACUUGUCUCCAUGUCUUAAGUUAUCCAGUAGAGGGCAGCCCAGUUGGCAAAAAGGUUUAACAGUUUUGACAUCUUUGCCAGGUGAUUGGAGGCUGUUGAACCUAAGUUCUAGUUAAUGUAUAAUCAGGAGAGCAACUAUGUUGACAGACUGGAAGAGUUGGAGGAUGUGCAUAGUUUAAAAUUAAUCAUGCUGGGAAACAAUUUUGCGGAUUGUGAGCAAAUGAGUCCUCAACGCUUUUCAGUCUGUCAUUUAUGAUUCCGGAGCCUCAGCCUGGGCAUCGUGAUCCACACUUAUAAUUUCAGUGCUCAGGAAGCCUGGGAAGGAGAAGGAUCAGGAAUUCAAAACCAGACUGGACUGCAAAGAACUUAUCCCAAACAGAUUCUUCCCCACCCACCCACCCAUUGUGUUCCCACUGUCAGUUAUCAGUGUCAAAGGAAUUGACUUAGUAAACCAGCAGCAGCAGCAGCAGGCUUUCAUUCAUCCCAACCUCAUUUGUAAUCUGUGUGCUUUUAAAGUUUGUGUUUUUGCUAUGCUGGAGAUCAGUGCCUUGUGCCAUCGAGGCAAGAGCUCUGCGUAGCUGUGUCUCCAGCACUCCCUGAGUGUUUCAUAUUAUGUUUUCCAGAUUGAAAGCAUUCAAAGACAGUGUUUUAAAAUAGCAUCCAAUUGUUUGCGUAUUUCAUGCCAUCACGAAAAAGAGUAUGACUGUCAUUGGGAUCAUAGACUGGUCAUUACUUGAAGUGAAAUUUAACUUCUUUUCAUAUGUGCCGUAUUUGUUAUGUUUUGUUUGUUUGUUUGUUGUUUUGGCUCUGCCUAGACUGGAACUCACAGAGAUCUGUGUGCCUACCUCUGCUUCCUGAGUGCUGAGAUUAAAGGUAUGGACCACCUCGCCCAACUCCAUAUGUAUCUAAAUGUAUUCCAACUAGAACUGGACAUGGUAGUGCACACUUACCUAGCACUCACGAAGCUGACAGUUUAAGACCAGUGUCAGCUACAGGAUGAGACUGUCUCAACAAAACAGGAAAUUAAUCCUUCCCCUCCCCUGAAAAAGAAAGAAUUCCAAUAAAUUAAAUGUCUAAGUACAUUACAGGAUUUGAAGUAUGUCAGAAUUCCAAGGGUUUGCUUUCAAAAGUGAUGAUAGAAAUGUGUUUUUUAUCAAAAAAAAAAAAAGACUUGAACUGUGCUCUUUUCGUUUGUUUUUGAGACAGGCUGUGUCACUCAGGCUGACCUCCUCAGGCCUCUGAGUGCCAAGCUUAUGUGUGCACCUGGCUCGUUUUUAACUCUUAAAUUCUUGAGUGUGCUUUACAGUAGUCCUCAGCCAUGUGAGCCAUGGAAGAUGCUGUGUAACAGCACAGCCCAGUGCUGUUCACUUCUUGUUUCUUCUUAAGAAUGUGAGUUCCAGGUGUCCCCUUUAUCAGCAUCACCUGGGAGUGAGUUAAUACAGGUAAUAGUUCACAGAGGAGUGAUAGUGAGUUACACAAAAUGUAGGCUCAGGAAAACACCUGACAUUCUGAAAGCCGGCAAGUACUGACUUAGGAGCACUGUCAGUUGGAUAGGGAAAAGAUGUGUUUUACCUUUGCCCACUACGAGGUUGCUGAAAGAAUACAAUGGUAGAUAUUUAACAGGGAAAUGUGUUGAAUUUAUUGUUUGCUGAAGUUCCAGAUGACAGAGUGCUUGUUACCUCUAUGAAAUCAAAAAUACUUGAGUUUGAAUUUGUCAUUUUUAUCAAAAUAACUUAUUGCCAUAUUAAAUCAAGUUAACUAAAUAUGUAUACCUUAUUUUCUUCCCCCAAUAGCUUUGAGGGCUGUGUAGGGAUUUAUACUUUAUCAAACUGUUUUACAUUGUCUGUUGGUCUUUGCCCAAAUAACUUUCGUCACUGACGUUUUAGCACUUGUAAGGUGGGAGCCCAGGAUUAAUGAGGUGACUAGACACUUUGAAAUAUCCAAGUGCCAUUGAAAUUUAGGAGGAAAGGGGAGUGAACCCUCAGUUUAUAGUUUCAGAUUUCUAUGUGUGUGAUAAGUGUAGUAAUGUCACACUUUAUCUCCCUGUGCAGAAAGGUACAGGAGCAUACAAAGUAUAUAUGACACCAAGUAUAUACAUAUAUUCCACUCCUGUCCUUAAAUUAUUUAUGCCAAGGAUUUCAUAAUGAAUUUUCAAAUAUUUAGAACAUGCAGCAAGUUAAAGAGUGAUUUGUUGCUAAUGAAGGUAAGACUGAAUUCUUCCUGAAGUCUGAUUUCUAGAAGUUUUAACCUUAAAGGGUUUCUAACUGUUAUAUUCUCUAACCACAUAAGAAGACUGAAAAUUGUAAGCUCUGCCCUCAGAUUACAUAACUUCAGUCAACCAGUUGACUUAUGUUUAACUUCCAGCGGGGGGUAGCAUUACAUAUUGCAGGAGUAUGGAAAUGAAAAUGGCUAGUUGUGAAGCUCCCAUUUUAUUUUCCAAGUAAUGUAAUAUGUUGGGUAAGCUUUGGGCAGGAAGAAAGCCAGCUGCAGGCCACUUAAUGACAGGAACGGUGAGAAAACUUGAGGGUUUUGUCUUACUAAUGCUCCCCACAGCAUGUUGUAGCCUCCACUGGAUUAGGUAUUCCCUGGUUUGCCUGGUCUUUGUUUCCUAGGUUCCUCCAGGGAUCCACUGACACUUUCACUCCUUCCAGCCCGAUGCUUUCAGGGUCUGAGUGGGAUUUUGAACUCUUCCUGAAAGUCUGUGUGAGUGACUCAGGAGCUCCCCUCCUCCUCAUAAGAACACCUAGGAAAGCCAUGACUGUGACAGCACUUAGCUGCAUCUGCCAUACAUGCAUGCACCCAUCACUCCGUGGUUAUGAGGCCUGGAAAUGGAAUUGGGGGAUGGGGUUUGGUUCUGUUUCUUUUCAGUGACUGAAUUAAGAGUGAUUUAAUUUCAAAAGCAGCAAAGAAGAACAUCUGUAGCUUUCGUAUAGCAGAAGGUAACAAACACUUGCAAUAUAUGGCGAGGUUAUUGCUCUUAAUGUAUGGAUUCAUUCUGGGUAAGGCAAACACAAAUCGGCAAAAAGAAAGCAUGGGGCCUGGAUUAGAUCUCUGAUAGAGUCUUGGGUUGAUCUCUAGUACCCCAAAUAAUUAAAAAGUGAAAAAUGGCUAGUUAGUAUGGAAAGACCUUGGGUGAUUAAAAAAAAAAAUCUAAAUAAAACUUCGGAUGCUAAUCAUUACCUUUCAGUAAUUAAAAGCAAAUCUUGACAUGACAGUGAGAAGUAAGUCUUGCUGUUCUUGGUGGGUGGAAUAUGGGUCCGUGCUUCAGUUUUUUAGAGAGUUAAGGUGGCAGUAUCCAGAAAACCCUGAAAUGAAGUGUUAGCUGUGAUCCAUGACACUUGUAAUGGAGUAAGCAGACUUUCCUGUUUAUUUAAGUCUUAAGGGUUUGGGGUGUUGGGAUUUUUGUUUUCAUUUUGUUGUCAUUUUUUUUUCCUUGUUUUGGAAAUAAUGGAAAGUAAAAAAAACAUUGAACAACA